AGUAUUUGAGCACAGGGUCUGCUUUCACUUUGAAAGCUGUCCUAAGUUGCUGUGUGCAGAAGGGCUAUAGGAGAGAAGAGAGGAAUCAGGAAGACUACAGAGUGUUUCACAACGUGAUGUCCGGUGGCUUCUUGGACCAGUUGGCAUGAGAAGGUGGAAUUUGGAAGAUGCCUGCAGAGAAGAAAAAUGUGAUGAACCACUGGUAUCUGCCCUCCCUCACUCAGCUUUCAGCAGCUCAUCCUCGAUGUCUGGGAGUUAUUCUCCGGGCUAUGCAAAGAUCAACAAGCGAGGGGGUGCUGGGGGAUGGUCUCCAUCAGACAGUGACCAUUAUCAAUGGCUUCAGGUUGACUUUGGCAAUCGGAAGCAGAUCAGUGCUAUUGCUACCCAAGGCAGAUACAGCAGCUCGGACUGGGUGACCCAAUACCGCAUGCUCUACAGCGACACUGGGAGGAACUGGAAACCCUAUCAUCAAGAUGGGAAUAUCUGGGCCUUUCCAGGGAACGUCAACGCCGACAGUGUGGUCCGGCAUGACCUGCAGCACCCGGUGACCGCACGCUUCGUGCGGGUGGUGCCGCUGGACUGGGGCGCCGAGGGCCGCAUCGGGCUGCGCGUGGAACUGUAUGGCUGUGCCUACUGGGCUGAUGUUAUCAGCUUUGAUGGCCAUGUUGUCUUGCCAUAUAGAUUCAGAAACAAGAAGAUGAAAACACUGAAAGAUGUCAUCGCCUUGAAAUUUAAAACCUCUGAAAGUGAAGGGGUCAUCCUGCAUGGAGAAGGACAGCAAGGGGAUUAUAUCACUUUGGAGCUGAAGAAAGCCCAGCUGGUCUUCAGCUUAAACUUAGGAAGCAACCAGCUGGGCCCCAUCUACGGCCACACGUCUGUGAUGACCGGGAGCCUGCUGGAUGACCACCACUGGCACUCAGUGGUCAUCGAGCGCCAGGGCCGGGGCAUCAACCUCACCCUGGACCGGAGCCUGCAGCACUUCCGCACCAACGGGGAGUUCGACUACCUGGACUUGGACUAUGAGAUAACCUUUGGAGGCAUACCUUUCUCUGGCAAGCCAAGCUCCAGCAGCAGAAAGAAUUUCAAAGGCUGCAUGGAAAGCAUUAACUACAAUGGCGUCAACAUAACUGAUCUUGCAAGAAGGAAGAAACUGGAGCCAUCAAAUGUGGGAAAUCUGAGCUUCUCAUGUGUGGAGCCCUACACGGUGCCCGUCUUCUUCAACGCCACCAGCUACCUGCAGGUGCCCGGACGGCUCGGCCAGGACCUAUUUUCCGUCAGUUUCCAGUUCAGGACGUGGAACCCCAAUGGUCUCCUGCUUUUCAGCCAGUUGGCGGACAAUCUGGGCACCGUGGAGAUUGACCUCACCGAAAGCAAAGUGAGUGUCCACAUCAACGUCACGCAGACGAAGAUGAGCCAAGUGGACAUCUCCUCUGGUUCUGGAUUGAAUGAUGGGCAGUGGCACGAGGUUCGUUUCCUAGCUAAGGAAAACUUUGCUAUUCUCACCAUCGAUGGAGAUGAGGCUUCCGCAGUGCGAACUAACAGUCCUCUGCAAGUUAAAACAGGAGAGAAGUACUUUUUUGGAGGCUUUCUGAACCAGAUGAGCAGCACAAGCCCCGCUGUCCUCCAGCCGUCAUUCCAAGGGUGCAUGCAGCUCAUCCAGGUGGACGAUCAGCUCGUGAACCUGUAUGAAGUGGCCCAGAGGAGGCCAGGAAGCUUUGCCAACGUCAGCAUCGACAUGUGCGCCAUCAUAGACAGAUGUGUGCCCAACCACUGCGAGCAUGGCGGCAAGUGCGCGCAGACCUGGGACAGCUUCAGAUGCACUUGUGAUGAGACGGGGUACAGCGGGGCCACCUGCCACAACUCUAUCUACGAGCCGUCCUGCGAAGCCUACAAGCACCUCGGCCAGACGUCCAAUUACUACUGGAUAGAUCCCGACGGCAGCGGGCCCCUGGGGCCUCUGAAAGUCUACUGCAACAUGACAGAGGACAAGGUGUGGACCAUCGUGUUCCACGACCUGCACACGCAGACGACAGUGGUGGGCUACCAGCCCGAGAAGUACUCGGUGACGCAGCUCGCCUACAGCGCCUCCAUGGAGCAGAUCAGCGCCAUCACCAGCAGCGCCGAGUACUGCGAGCAGUUCGUCUCCUACUUCUGCAAGAUGUCGCGGCUGCUAAACACCCCAGAUGGCAGUCCUUACACCUGGUGGGUUGGCAAAGCCAAUGAGAAGCACUACUACUGGGGAGGCUCUGGACCUGGAAUUCAGAAAUGUGCCUGUGGCAUCGAGCGCAACUGCACCGACCCCAAGUACUACUGCAACUGUGACGCGGAUUACAAGCAGUGGAGGAAGGACGCUGGCUUCUUGUCCUACAAAGAUCACCUGCCGGUGAGCCAGGUGGUGGUUGGAGAUACAGACCGCCAAGGCUCAGAAGCCAAACUGACCGUGGGUCCCCUGCGUUGCCAAGGAGACAGGAAUUACUGGAACGCUGCCUCCUUCCCAAACCCGUCCUCCUACCUGCACUUCUCAACUUUCCAAGGGGAAACAAGCGCUGACAUUUCUUUCUACUUCAAAACACUCACCCCCCGGGGAGUCUUUCUGGAAAACCUCGGGAACACAGACUUCAUCAAGCUGGAGCUAAAAUCUGCCACAGAAGUGUCCUUUUCCUUUGACGUUGGCAACGGGCCAGUGGAGAUUGUGGUGCGGUCGCCCUCGCCCCUCAACGACGACCAGUGGCACCGGGUCACUGCCGAGAGGAACGUCAAGCAGGCCAGCCUGCAGGUGGACCGGCUGCCGCAGAGGACCCGCAAGGCCCCGACGGAAGGCCACACCCGCCUGGAGCUCUACAGCCAGCUGUUUGUCGGUGGUGCCGGGGGCCAGCAGGGCUUCCUGGGCUGCAUCCGCUCCCUGAGGAUGAAUGGGGUGACCCUGGACCUGGAGGAAAGGGCAAAGGUCACAUCUGGCUUCAAAUCCGGCUGCUCGGGCCACUGCACCAGCUAUGGGACCAACUGCGAGAACGGCGGCAAAUGCAUCGAGAAAUACCACGGCUACUCCUGCGAUUGCUCCCACACGGCUUACGACGGAACUUUUUGCAACAAAGAUGUUGGUGCGUUUUUUGAAGAGGGGAUGUGGCUGCGGUACAACUUCCAGGCAUCAGGAGGCGGUGCCAAAGAGGCGGGCAGUCGACCGGAGGGCCCCCCAGAUCAACAGGGCUCGUCCCCUGACCUGGCCCAUGAGGAAAUCCACUUCAGCUUCAGCACCACCAAAGCGCCCUGCAUCCUGCUGUACGUCAGCUCCCUCACCACGGACUUCCUGGCCGUUCUCGUCAAGCCCUCCGGAAGCUUGCAGAUUCGGUACAACCUGGGCGGCACCAGGGAGCCAUACAGCAUCGACGUGGACCACAGGAACAUGGCCAGCGGGCAGCCCCACAGCGUGAACAUCACCCGCCACGAGAGGACCAUCACGCUCAAGCUGGACCAUUACCCUUCUGUGAGCUACCACCUGCCAAGCUCGUCAGACACACUCUUCAACUCUCCCAAGUCGCUCUUUCUAGGAAAAGUGAUAGAGACAGGGAAGAUUGAGCAGGAGAUUCACAAGUACAACACCCCCGGAUUCACCGGCUGCCUCUCCAGAGUCCAGUUCAACCAGAUCGCCCCUCUCAAGGCGGCCUUGAGGCAAACCAACGCCUCCGCUCACGUGCACGUCCAGGGCGAGCUGGUGGAAUCCAACUGCGGGGCCUCCCCGCUAACCCUCUCCCCCAUGUCGUCCGCCACAGACCCCUGGCACCUGGAUCACCUGGACUCAGCCAGUGCCGACUUCCCCUAUAACCCCGGACAAGGUCAAGCCAUCAGAAAUGGAGUGAACAGGAACUCGGCUAUCAUUGGAGGGGUCAUCGCCGUGGUGAUCUUCACCAUCCUCUGCACCUUGGUCUUCCUCAUCCGGUACAUGUUCCGUCACAAGGGCACCUACCACACCAACGAAGCUAAGGGGGCGGAAUCGGCAGAGAGCGCAGACGCCGCCAUCAUGAACAACGACCCCAACUUCACAGAGACCAUUGACGAAAGCAAAAAGGAGUGGCUCAUUUGAGGGGUGGCUCUUUGGCUAGGGGACAGGGAGGGGGGAACUCUGGGGUGGAGGGAUAGGGACAAAAGCACCCUGCUUCAUACUCCUGAGCACAUCCUUAAACUAUCAGCACAAGUUGGGGGAGGCAAACAACAGAAAAUUCUUGAGACUGAUCACCACAAAAAAUACUUUUUAAUAUUUCUUUAUAGCUGAGUUUCCCCUUCUGUAUCAAAACAAAAUAAUACAAAAAAUGCUUUUAGAGUUUAAGCAAUGGUUGAAAUUUGUAGGUACUAUCUGUCUUAUUUUGUGUGUUUAGAGGUAUUCUAAAGACCCAUGGUAACAGGGCAAGUUUUCUACAUUUUUAAGAGCCCUUAGAAUGUGGAUAUUUUUUUCUUGAGAAAAGCUGAUGCACAUACAUAUGACCUCCAGCAUUCUCUUCGUUUUGCUUAUAGUCAACUUUUAAUGGGCUACUGUAGUAACUAGUUCGUGUUCAUAUAAUUCCUCUUCUGUCCUGUCAAUGGUAAAGAAAGGGACAAAGGGAAUUUACUAUCUGCCAGUUUUCAGAGACCUCAGUCUAAGCCAAUGGUCUGAGGUUCUACCUGACGCAGUGGAAGGAGGAAAAAUGUGUGGCAUCCUUUAUGAAACAACAUAGUCUACACAACAGAGGGCAUCACAACAGAGGGGAAUUAGCUUCCUAUUGGGAAUGGCUUUAUUUCUCAUCUAGUUCUGCAAGGUAAUAGCGUCCCAUGUAUGUCGUCUUAGACCUGAUCAGUAUCACUAUCAGCUACAACACCACAGUGACCAGCUAUUACAAAAGAUUUUAGCCUACACCUAUUGGAUCACAUUAUGUGUGUGAGCAUCCCAGUGGGAAAUGAGAGCUACUAUUUGUUUCUUUCAUAGUGUAGUGAGAGUGUGGACGCUUCCCAGUGAGUAUGUGAAUUAGGUUGCUCUUCUCAUUUUGCUUUAAAACUCAUUUUUAAGCCCCUGUGAUACAAUCCUAGCAGAGCGUCCACUGAAUGGACAUGCCGUAAUAAAGCCAAGUUAUGACCACUAUUAUUAUCAUCGUUAUUACUCUGAAAUCAAAUGGAAAACACUGCCAAAUUUUAAGUCCUCCAUGUAGUGUUCCAUCCCAAACAGACAGGCUGCCAUGAUUCAGGGAUCUUCUGUGGCAGCACAUUGGAACCUCAGUUUCACCACACAGCUGGUAAUUGUUGCUUCUCAGACAACAAACAUGUCUAGUCAAUCACACCUUGACCAACUAUUCCAACAAGUAACUCCCUGAUUUUAUCUGAUGAAAUAGGCUUUGAGUAAACAAGUGGGACAAAGCUUCUAUAGGACGAUCCAAAAUAAUCAGUUCAUUUACUUCUAAAAAGAUUACAAACUUUAUUUCUUGCAUAACUACCAUUUAGGAUCAUUAGGGUUCAGGCUCUUAUACUUAAUAAACACUUUUAGGAAAAAACUAAACUUCCACAUUUGGGGGCAUUCAGCAUGACUGCUUUUUUCCUUCUCCUGGAAAGGGGUAAGAUGAGGUUUAAAAUGUAUUGGUGCCAGUUUUCUGAUGGCCUGCCUCAAUAAAAUGGAAAUUCUGGCUCAUUUUGUUAGGGUUAUUGAUACACUGUCAGGAUACUCUGUAUAGCUAACUUACUGGAGGAUCUCAACUCCUUGAAUAAUGGAAAGUGUUAUCCAGAGCUGCCACGGUACAUUUCACCAAUACAUACACAUUCCAGAGGGAGUAUUGACCAACAGUUUACUCCUUACACAAGUCAAGGCAACAGAACUAGAGGAAGUCCUUUUGCUCUUGGUUGCUGACCUCAGACAUUAUUAGAAUUUGUCUUGAUCAUUUUUUAAAAGGUCUUGAUCAUUCUCCAUAAGGCACAUUUAAAAUGCAAAGUAUUAAAGAGUACUAAGUGUCAGCACAAUGUAAGAUUUGCAAAUGACAUGCUGAAGACAAAGGGUGUUUAGUUAAUCAAGAUGACUGCCAUUAAGGGUUCUUUUAUGUAUUGUAAAAUUGAAAAAGCUGAUUUUAAACACUGUCUUAGAGAUGUUUCGUGUUCUUUUAGACCUCCUUUGUGUUAUAUUACUUUUGCACUUCAUGCACAAUGCCAGAUGGAAAUUUAUUUCUUGCAUUUCCCAUGAUAGCUCGAUUCUUUAUGCACAGUCUCAGCACUUUCUUUCCAAAACGAGUAGGGGAUUAAAAGAAUCAAAAACCUCUCCUGAUACUUCAGUGUUCUCACUGUUUCUCUGCCCUCACUACUUUCCUCUUUUUCUACCACCAGAGGCAAAAAAUAAAACUAAACAUUUCUCUUGCCGAAUUUUGGAAGCUUGGGCACAGAAAUUGACUGCAGGGAUGAGGAGUGGCUCCACCCUUAAGGGGGUUACAAGCCAGCCAGGGGCCAGCACACAAAAGACAGAGAAGGUGUUAGUUGGCAAGGUGGGGUGGAGGGCUGGAAACCUGGGAUUGUGAUCUUGCACCAAAAUUUCUAAGUGUAAUUGUGCAGUCCUUAUCCAGUGCACUCUCUGUGGUAAAUAAUUUGCUUGGGUGAAGAAAGAGAAGCAAGCUUUUUCAUCCAGCUCCCCUCUCCCUGCAAGCUCAGAACAACACACCUGCCCCCCCACCCCUGCAUUCAGACCCAAGCUGGCUCCCAGUCUCGUUUUGUCAGUCAUUGACCAAAAAACCUCCUCCUCUGUAUCCCGAUACACCAUCGGUGGAGCACAGAUCAGCUGGUGGCAGCCUCUGGGAGUAACAAGAAAAUGAAAACAAACCAAACUUUUCUUAGAUAAGAGGCCGUUUUAAGCUUCCAGAAAACUUGUGGCCGGUGGAGGGUGGUUUGGGCAGGAGGCCUGCUCUGUAAAUAACAAGCACCUGUGUUUCGAGAAGCUGGAAGGGGCUUAGACUGCAGCGAGCACAGUACCACACGGGCACCGCAAACCACUCCCUGGGUCAAGGAAACCUGCGCAGGAGGUAAAAAGCUGUAUGAAGGUAUAUUCCCUGGCUUAAUAUAGGAAAACAUUUCCCGGUGACUUUUAACCAGCUACUCAGAGGGAGAGACUGGUGACAUGGAGGCUUUUCUUGAACUCAUGUGAGAGUUGGGGUGCAGGUGUUAGACCAAUGUCCUGUGGCCCCGGGUUUGAUAGACAAGCAUCCUUCACUCCCAGGAGCAGAAAUUCCGAGGCACAGGAAAAAAGACUUGGCUCUCUCCAAAGAAUAGAUGUUAACGUGAGGGGUGAGCGGCCGUGGAACAGCCUCGGAUGCCACACCGAGAGCUGGACCCGGCGCCAGGCCCUGAAAGCUCUUCAGGAAAAAGCUAACGGCCCCCAGGUGUGAACAUGAGCAGUGUAGCGUCGGGAAGAAACGUCCUUCUGUCUCUGAGUCUGGACAGUCCUUCCAAGUGCUCGUUUCUCCCUCGCCAUUUUCUUAAGGUGCAAACGUUCUGGUCAUCCCUUUACAUCUCGCGCCUCCAAACGAUAAACACCUGAUGAGCACGUCAGAGCUUCUUCCCUUUCGCCCUCCCCGUCAAGCAGUUCUCAAAAGGCAGUUACCCAAGGGAGUUCCAGGGAGCAGCCGCAAACAGGACUGGGAUGGAGUCCCCCCGAGACCCUGAUGCUAAAACAGGUGACAAACCACGGCCACACCCCUGGCUGAUUUGAGCUAAAAACUGGGGGCCCCGUUUGUUAAAUGUUUGGAGGACAUAGACCCCGAGGGUCAGCUGAACUCUGACCUUUGUCAUUCCUGAACCCGUCCUUCCUCACCCCGUUUUUAAGACAGAUGUUUCACCUCCUCCAUGAGACAAUUGUGAGGCGCCCUGGGUUCUCAGUGGCAGGAUGCUUUGAAACGAAAGGCCAAAGUCGGGGAGGCCCGUGGACACGCACCCGUGUGCAGGAACGUAGGGUCUUGUGGGUCGUUGCUCCACAGCUGCUCAGUUGUUAGACGGCCGGGGAGCAAAUCCGUCAACUUGGGGAGAUGCAAAGACGUCAGACCUCACACUCCUGAAGCCCUCGGGCCCCGCUGGGGGUGGCGUGUGGCUGGGCGGGCUUCUUAGCAAAGACCACAUAGAAACUGGAGCUCAGCUCGUAGCUGGGGCCCUCGGCCUGUGCGUUCCCUGCAUAAGGCUGGAUCCUUCCCUCUUCUUCCCUGCAGUACCUCUUGGGCACCGGUAGUGUGUAAAACGCGUCAUGACGCAGGGAAGCCGUGUGGAAAGGUGGGUCUCUCCUGCUGAGCAGAGACUGGUAGGAGGUCAGCACAGCAGGUGGACACACAGGGGUUAAUAGCCAACGUGCAUUUACAAGUUUAUUUUCCAGAUGAAAAUGUGCUUUAAGAACAGGUCUACCAAGCUGGUCUGCACUGCUUCCUGGCCCGGGCUGUCCGCGGGGAGGGCCGGGUUCUGGGCCCGGGCAAACCCAGGGCUCCUCUCACUCGGCCAAGAAGCAGUGCCCAGUGAUACUCCUUCUAAGUUCUGUUCUGUCCAGUUUUUGAAUUUUUUUCCAGUGAGCAUGGUGACUGCAGAGGUUAGAGUUGUGAAAAACUGGGCUAAAUAUUCUUUCUGUCAAGUCGAUUAAGAUUCCAUCCCUGUGAAAUAACACAAAAUUUCACUCUCUAAAAGCAACAGCAUGUAAACUAGAAUGAAAGAAGGAAAUUAUGUAUGUAUGCCUAAUAUUCUUUGUGAAUGUCUUUCAUUUAACUAAAGUUAUAUUAGAAACCAGAUUGAUAAAUAAAAAAUCCAAAAUAGUUUUAA